AUGGAGUUUGCUGCCAAGAUGGAACUUAGCAAGAGCCAGCAACAGCUGAUGCCAUCAGUGUGUUUUAUUUCUACAACGACACAAAGCAUCCCGCUCAGUCCAACCGGCAGCACCAAGUCCGCAUGUAAGCAGUCCAAGAGGCAGCGCUCCUCCUCUCCAGAGCUGCUGCGCUGCAAGAGGAGACUCAAUUUCGCGGGUUUUGGUUACACGCUUCCACCUCAGCAGCCGCACGCAGUUGCGCGCAGGAACGAACGAGAGCGCAACCGAGUCAAACUGGUCAACAACGGGUUUGCAACACUGCGUGAGCAUGUGCCCAACGGUGCAGCCAAUAAGAAGAUGAGUAAAGUUGAGACGCUCCGGUCUGCGGUGGAGUACAUCCGUGCGCUCCAGCAGCUUCUGGAUGAACACGACGCAGUGAGUGCCGUUUUUCAAGCUGGCGUGAUGUCUCCCACAAUGUCACAAGGAUACGCCAAUGAUAUGAACUCUAUGACCGGGUCGCCUGUGUCUUCCUACUCGUCAGAUGAAGGCUCUUAUGACCCACUAAGUCCAGAGGAGCAGGAACUUCUGGACUUUACCAACUGGUUCUGA